CUUAUUUCCCUUUUAGGAAUGAUAGCAUCAUGGCCCCGGUAUACAGAGGAAAAAUCAGUAUGGGGUGUACCUUGUGCCGGAAGCGACGGCUGCGAUGCGACCGUCGUCAGCCAUCUUGUUCACAGUGCCUGAGAGUGAAUCAACAGUGUUUCGGAUAUCGAGACCCGGAUACCCUGAGGGUCUAUGAUCAGAGCGCGGAGGUUGCGUCCAAGGCUCAAGCCCGAUAUAGUGGUGGUCCCACCCAACAGUCGCCUGCGGAAGCGUCGCCGUCUACACCCACUUUAGUCUAUUCACCCAUCUCCGAUGACCAGCGGGCCAUUUCUUAUAUCAUCCCAUACUAUAUUGGCACGGACCAACAUCGGGGCUUACUUUUGUUUCUGCCAAGCUUGUUGCAGAAUGACCCCUCUCCUGCGUUGAUGGCUUCCGCCAAGGCUAUAGGCCUGUUGGGUAUGACGAGGAUGCCGCAUGUGAAACAGCGAGCCAGGGAAGAGCAUAUCAUUGCCUUGCGUGCUACCAAUAGUGCUUUAAGAGAUCCGACAACAGCAACGUCCGAUUCCACCCUGGGCGCCGUGUUAUUGCUGGGCUUGUAUGAGCUGAUCACAUCACGACCCACGGAAAUGGGCGUUGGCUGGAAGGACCAUGCUCAAGGAGCAGCCAAGCUCCUGGAACUGCGAGGUGAAGAGCAGCUGAACUCGCCUGCUGGACUAGAGUUGUUUACCAUUGUGCGCUUUCAGAAUGUUAUCAGCAGUGUCUUCUUCAGACUGGGAUCCCGGAUUCAUAAUUCCCCCACGAUCGCAGCGCUGUCUCAUGUUGCAAGAUCCAAAAGAAAUGAACAUACCCGGCCGAUCGAAACCCUCUACAAUAUGCUCAUCGAGCUGAACGAUAUAGCAAUCGAAGUGGACGAGGCACAUCUCCAAGGUGACCUUGAGAAGCAACAGUUGUUGAUAGAGAGAUCUCUUACCCUUGAUGCGCGUCUACUGGCGUGGACAACAUCGCUGAGUCCAGCGUGGUCCUAUCAAGUCAUUGAUGACGCGCGUUCCCAUCUACCUAAAUCCACCUACCCUCCGAUCUAUGAUAACAGAUAUCAUAUUUACCACGGGGUCUCCAUCGCCACAAUGUGGAAUAACUACCGUCAGACGCGCAUCGUUCUCAACGAGAUGAUUAGGACAAUGGCCCUGCGCCGGUGGAGGCUACAGAAUUUGCCACAGUUCCAGCAGAUCAUCUAUCAGUCUACAGGCAUUAUUGAGCACAUGGCAGGGGACAUCUGUGACAGUCUUCCAUAUUACUUCAUUUCCGGCGAGGUAGGCUUUGGAAGCAUAUACCGGGUGCUGUGGCCGCUUUUCAUUGCGGGCCGAUGCGCAGCAGCUGAUUCUCCGGCAAAAGAAUGGGCGACGCAGAUUCUCGACCUCAUUGGAAACAUUACAGGUAUUCAGCAGGCGAUCGGCAUGUCGCAGCUACUCAAGCAGGAGAAACCAGCCAGCGUGAUUCCCGGAGGGGAUCUGGUCACCGAGUCAAUGUUUUACCAGGCAGCCAGGUUGUCUCCUGGUAGUGACCAAGAAGCUAGUCAUAGAUAUACACGCUGA